CAAAACAUGGCAGUAGCCAAUAGGAUUCGUGACUGUGUGCCGUGUUUCUCGUGAGCGGAGGGUUUCUGCAUGCACUUGGAAGAGCGCGCAUCGGUGUUAUUGUACUUCAAACCCUCAUUAUCCACAGAAGCUGCAGAUAGAGAAGGAUUUCAGUGAGAGAAAAAAUGGGUAAAGAUCCAAAAAAGCCCAGAGGAAAGAUGUCCUCUUAUGCUUACUUUGUGCAAACGUGUCGUGAAGAACACAAAAAGAAGCACCCCGAGGCCUCUGUUAACUUCUCUGAAUUCUCCAAGAAAUGUUCAGAGCGAUGGAAGACAAUGUCUGCCAAAGAAAAGGGUAAGUUUGAGGACAUGGCCAAACAAGAUAAGGUUCGCUAUGAGAGAGAGAUGAAGAACUACAUCCCACCUAAGGGUGAGAAGAAGCGGCGAUUUAAGGAUCCUAAUGCACCCAAGAGACCACCGUCAGCAUUCUUCAUUUUCUGUGGUGAUUAUCGCCCUAAAAUUAAGGGUGAGAACCCAGGUCUGACCAUUGGAGACAUUGCCAAGAAGCUUGGAGAAAUGUGGAACAGCUCAUCUGCUGAGGUGAAGCAACCGUAUGAGAAGAAGGCUGCAAAGCUUAAGGAGAAGUAUGACAAGGAUAUCGCAAUAUACCGCACAAAGGGAGUUGCAGGCUUGUCCAAAAAAGAUGGUGGGGAAGAUGAUGACGAGGACGAAGACGAAGAUGAGGAGGACGAAGAAGAUGACGAGGAAGACGAUGAGUAGAUUAGCCACUGAUGGAGCCUAGGUUCUUGUUCAUGCCAUAAAUUCAAUUGUUCGCGAUUUACAUCUUCAAACGUAAUACAGCAGAAACAAGAAUUGUUAGGCUGUGUAUAUGUGACGUUUUUAAGAUGUACAGUGUUAUUCUCCUUUUGUAAAGUUAACAC